AUGAUUCUCGAUGAUGAUGAUGACUACAUGAGCACGAACCUCUACAAUGCCAUCACAAUUUGUGAUGAUGAUGAAGAGGUACAAUUCAUCUCCGAGCAAACAGCUUUUGUCGAUGAUGAGUUCCGUUGGGGUGCCCCUAGACCUCCACGCCUUCACAAACCUCAAAGAAGACAGACGAGACCUUUUGUCGCCUACGAACCCAGAACCAAGCCUAUCGUCAAUGUGUCUCUCUUGCAAGGCCACUGGAUCACCGACAAUUUCUGUCUUGUUCCUGGACUCGUUGUCGAGCUCAGAGAGGAUCGCAGCUCACCCUUCAAGUGCGGCGACUUUGUCAAGAUCGAAACUAUCUACGAAGAUCUGGACACCCACACCGUCUAUCUCAGAGGUCUUCUUUACCGUCGUACAAAGACUUUGGAUGGCAUGCUUCCUAAAAAGCUCAACGAAGUUUAUCAGGUCCUGCAACAGAAUUUGGAGGAUACUCGUGCCAUUCGGAUCCAAUCGCUUCAUGACGUCCCGGUCAGCCUGGUUGUCCGUACCCGUUGCUUGAAACACACCAACACGCCCUUCCCGGACAACAGUUUUCGCAAGCUUGAAGACAUGUAUGGACAGACACCAGAUUUUAUCCAGGAUAAUGCGCAGCUCACCUGCCGUUGGAAGAGAAUCUUCCAGUACACUUGCUCACAGGACCUGAUGACUGGCUACCAACACAUGCAGUCUAUUCAAAGACUCACAGAUGCCGAGUGUGACAAGGGCUUCCGCGUUCCCGAUGCUGUGCUUCGCAAAGCUGUACCUAAGAUCGAAUCAGACCUCACCGUUGUCGAUCUUACUGCCGAGGACGCUGCUGAUCAAGAUGCUCAGCAGUUGUCAAACAUGCUCAACAACACGCACAUAUCUGAUCCUGUCCCUAACUCUGCAUACACCUUUGGUGAUUACUUCUGUGGAGGAGGAGGCGUCUCGGCUGGUGCCAGAGAGGCCGGCUUCAAGAUCGUUUACGGAGUGGAUCAUGACAAGGAUGCUUGCGCCACCUAUACUCUGAACUUCCCCGGCGCCAGAGUCUAUGUGGAAGAUGUCAACUAUUUUCUUACCGUCAGAGUACAGGAAAAUGCACACGUGCGCUGUGCCCACAUGUCUACUGUGUGCAAGACAAUUUCCACUGCCUACACUGUCAGAGGCAAAAACCAUAAUGCCAACGAGGCAACUCUCUUCACUAUCUCGGACAUCCUUCGUAAAGCCACACCUAUGGUCGCUACCCUUGAGCAGACCUUUGGCGCUCUCAACCCAGGUAANAAGCAGCUUUUCAACGCCUUCGUCUGGCAGUUCACUUCGAUGAACUAUUCGGUCAAAUGGGCCGUCCAUACUCUAUCUGAGUACGGUGUUCCGCAGGCACGCAAACGCCUCAUCAUGAUCGCCGCUUGCCCUGGACAUCCUUUGCCUGACUUCCCAAAGCCCACUCACGCUCCUUCACCCGAGAGACCUGUUCCGGGCCUGAGGCCUUCCGUGACUAUUGCCGAUGCUCUGCAACCAAUCCGCCGCAAUACACCUAACCAUAACCCUACUGCCCUGCCCGCCAAAGACUUCGCCCCUUACAGCCCUCACCAGCUAGUUAGAGGCUGCAUUACCACUAGCGGUGGUCAAAACAAUUGGCACCCAAGCGGCAAGCGUCACUUCACCGAGCGCGAAUAUGCAUGUCUACAAACCUUUCCUCUUGAUCAUGCCUUUAUUGGUACUAGAUCUUCGGUGGUUCAGCAGGUCGGCAAUGCAGUUCCACCUGCCUUUUCUCAGAAGCUUUUCGAAAGCAUUCGUAAGACUUUCGAAGAGAUUGACAAGCAAGAUCGCGAGAACGCCGGAGUCAUCCAGCUCGAUGAUGAUGAUGAAGAAAUGCUGGACGAUGGCAGAAUUGUCGUGGACCUGACUUGA